GUGUUUAGCUUGAUGCAGUGGGGCGUGGCCUGCAUGGGGCGGGGAGACGCGGAAGCUGGUGGUAGCCGGAGCAGAAAAUCUGGGCUAGGCCCAGCCGGCGGUUCCAUCAUCUCAGUCCCUGUCCCCACCGAGCAGCCCGUACGCCAUGGACGCAGCAGAGCCGGAGCAGGGGAAGGAGUUCCUGAAUGGGGAGGACGCCGGGGAUCCUCCAUUGUGGGCACCGUCCCCCCCAAGCCGAGAGGAGCCCGGGACACCAGUCCCUGACCCCCUCCCCCUUGGAGUCUUCACCCCGGAUGCCUGGUUGAAGGGGCCCAGGAAGGGGAAGUGGCUGCUUCUGCUUUUGAUAUUUGUGAUGGGGGCAGGGUGCAACAACCGCGGAUGGAGAGGGGAGAGGGCGACAGCCCAGCAGGAUCGGCACCUGCUGCUCCGCAGCCCAGGGAGGAGCAACGCUGAUGGGGCCCCCAGAAGAAGGGCGGGAGAAGCCGUUGCAGAAAUGCCUUCCCCCGGCUCCUGAGAGCAGGAAGAGGUACAGUGACAUCUUUCGGAGCCUGGACAACCUUGAAAUUUCACUGGGAAACGCGACCCUUGAGAUGCUGGCUGGAGACCCUAUGCUUUCAGGAGACCCAGAGCCUGACAAGACCCCCACGGCCACUGUGACCAGUGAAACCAGCCAGUGGAGUGGCCCCUCCCCAGAGGGUCCUGCACCCCUUACAGGGGAGGAACUGGACUUGCGGCUCAUUCGGACCAAGGGUGGUGUGGACGCAGCCCUGGAGUAUGCCAAGACCUGGAGCCGCUAUGCGAAGGAGCUGCUAGCCUGGACCGAGAAGAGAGCCAGCCUUGAGCUAGAUUUUACCAAAAGCAUUAUGAAGAUCGCCGAGGCUGGCAAGGUGUCAAUCCAACAGCAGAGCCACAUGCCACUGCAGUACAUCUACACCCUGUUUCUGGAGCACGACCUCAGCCUGGGAGCCCUGGCCAUGGAGACAGUGGCCCAGCAGAAAAGAGACUACUACCAGCCCCUGGCCUCCAAACGGACUGAGAUUGAGAAGUGGCGGAAGGAGUUCAAGGAGCAGUGGACGAAAGAGCAGAAGCGGAUGAGCGAAGCGGUGCAGGCACUGCGGAGGGCCCAGCUCCAUUACCUGCAUCGCAGCGAGGACCUGCAGGUGCGCGCCCAGGCAUCCUCGGAGGACCCAGCCCCCCAGACCUCACCGGGACACAGCAAACAGCAAGAGCGGCGGCGGCGCUCCCGAGAGGAGGCCCAGGCCAAGGUGCAGGAGGCAGAGGCGUUGUACCAGGCCUGCGUCCGUGAGGCCAAUGCGAGGCAACAGGACUUAGAGGCCACCAAACAGCGAAUCGUGUCACACAUACGCAAGCUGGUGCUGCAGGGGGACGAAGUGAUGAGGCGGGUGACCCUGGGACUGUUCCGGCUUCGAGGGGCGCAAGCAGAGCGUGGUCCCCGCGCCUUUACCGCCCUGGCCGAGUGCUGCGCGCCCUUCGAGCCUGGCCAGCGCUACCAGGAGUUCGUACGGACACUGCAGCCAGAGGCCCCGCCACCCCCACCACCUGCCUUCUCUUUCCAGGAGUUUGUUCCUACCCCGCACAGCUCCCCUCUAGACACAAAGAAAAAGCUCUCCGGCCCCCCACCUCCUCGGUUGGAUGAGAGUGCGGCUGAGCCAGGCCCUGGGGAGGACACAGGCGCCGUCUGGCAGGGGACUCCAGGCCCCACUCCAGGCAGCGAUGUGGACAGCGUGGGCGGUAGCAGCGAGUCUCGAUCCCUGGACUCGCCCACUUCCAGCCCAGGCCCUGGUACGAGGCGGCUGGUGAAGGUCUCAUCCACAGGCACCGAGUCUUCAGAUGACUUUGAGGAGCGAGACCCUGACCUGGGAGAUGGGCUUGAGAACGGGUCCGGCAGCCCCUUCAGGAAGUGGACGCUCUCCAAUGCAGCCCAGACUCACCGGCUGCGGCGACUGAGGGGCCCAGCCAAGUGCCGCGAGUGUGAGGCCUUCAUGGUCAGCGGGACCGAAUGUGAGGAGUGCUUUCUGACCUGCCACAAGCGCUGCCUUGAGACUCUGCUGAUCCUCUGUGGACACAGGCGGCUCCCAGCCCGGACACCCCUCUUCGGGGUCAACUUCCUGCAGCUGCCCAGGGACUUCCCGGAGGAGGUGCCCUUUGUCGUCACCAAGUGCACGGCUGAGAUAGAACAGCGCGCUCUGGGUGUGCAGGGCAUUUAUCGGGUCAGCGGGUCCCGGGUCCGUGUAGAACGGCUGUGUCAGGCUUUCGAGAAUGGCCGAGCGUUGGUGGACCUGUCUGGGAACUCACCUCAUGAUGUCUCAACUGUGCUCAAGCGAUUCCUCCAGGAGCUCACUGACCCCGUGGUCCCCUCCCACUUCUACGAUGCCUUCAUCUCUCUGGCUAAAACCCUGCAUGCGAACCCCGGGCACGACUCUGAGACCCCAAGCCCCAGUCCUGAGGUUAUUCGCUUGCUGAAGACCCUCUUGGUGCAGCUGCCUGACUCUAACUACAACACCCUGCGGCAUAUGGUGGCUCAUCUGUUCAGGGUGGCUGCACAGUUUGAGGAAAACAAGAUGUCUGCCAACAACUUGGGCAUUGUGUUUGGACCCACGCUGCUGCGGCCACCGGACGAUCCUGGGGCAGCUGCCACCAGCUCUGCUACCUGCCUCCUGGACUUCGGGCACCAGGCCCAGCUUGUCGAGUUCCUCAUAGUGCACUAUGAGCAGAUCUUUGGGAUGGACGAGCUGCCCCUGGCCACUGAGCUCCCACCUCAAGACCCCGGCCCAGGCCCAGGGCCCUUCACAACCAGCCCUCAGCCAGCACCCCCAUACCUUGCCCCAGAUCCGCUGCCCCCAACCUUACCCUCAGAUUCAGACCCAGGCCCUGAGCCCCACAGUGCCCUGGAGAAGCAGCCCGAGGUCAUGCCCUCUGAGAUUCUAACUCCACAGAAUGACCAGAGAGAGGAAGUGGCCCAAGACACCAAAGAGGAGAGAGGGGAAGUGUCCGGCCAAGGCCCCGAGGACUCACUCCUGGGGACACAGUCCCGUGGCUACUUCAGCCGCCAGCCAGUGAAGUAUCACCGGGGGGGCGUGCGGCCUGUCACCCACCAGCUGUCCAGCCUGGCCCUGGUGGCUUACAAAAUUGACGAGGAGACUCCUGUCACAUCAGGGCCUCAAGGGAGCUUGCGGGGGAGGGGACCGGGCCCUGCUGCAGCCUCCCCUGAGGGCAAUCCGCGCCGCACCCCGCUGCCCAAGCACUUUGAGAUCACCCAGGAGACAGCCCGGCUGCUCUCCAAGCUGCACAGAGAGGAGGUGCCCACGGCCACCUGCUGCCCGGACCUUCCGCCGGAGGAUGAGGAAGUCGAGCGUCUCUGACCAGCCCAGCCCUCUGACCAAGUGGCCAGGACUGAGGACAUAGACUCACUUCUCCCCAGUUCAAUGUUGGGGGAUCAGGACAGUUCCUAUAAGGAAAAACUACAGGCCUGGGGGAGACUAAAACCCUUUUGGGGACAGUGUACCAGGAUCCCCCGCACGAGACACGGGUUACUGCCAAGCAUCAGGGCCACUCAGGUUCAGAGGUCACUCAGGGUCAAUACUCAGGUCCAAUACAGGUCACAGGAUUGGGGUCUGCCCUAGUCUCUGACCCCUUGGACAGGGUACCGUUGGCUACUUUGGCCGUGGCCACUUCCCACCUCAGCCCACCUCCUUCGAUGACCCCAAGUGACCUGCCUCUGGAAGGGCGGGAGUGACAGCCAGAUACAUCCCGGUCGGUCGGUCGGUCGGUCGGUCGGUCGUGCCUGGGGUCUGACGGCCCCUGAAUAAACUGUGUCCUUAUGCC